AUGAUCUUGACGGACAUCUUCUCCAUGAUCCUCCGCCUUGCGGAGUUGGCGUUUGGAGCUAUUGUCGCCGGAAUCAACGGGCAGUAUCUCCAUACCGUCGAAAAUACCGACAGUUGGGUCCAGGGCCGUUUCAUCUACACCGAAGUGGUAGCUGGUCUCGCCAUUUUCCUUUCCAUCAUCUGGCUCUUCCCGUUCGCGGGUAGCUUCGUUCACUGGCCUGUCGACCUUCUCAUUUCUAUUUGUUGGUUCGUUGCCUUCGGCUUGUUGGUUAAUUACCUCGAUGGCGGCUGCGGAUACAUCUUUGAUUGGGAUAAUGUUUCCUUCCGUCGUGGUGAUCAGUGCGGAAAGUGGAAAGCUAUCAUCGCAUUCUCCUUCUUGUCUGCUAUUUGCUGGCUUGCCUCAGCAAUCGUCGGUAUCGUCUGGGUCCGAGAUCAUGAGGCUCGAGCUUACCGUCGACGAAGAUGGCGUGGUUCCCGUGUCUAA